AUGGGGUUUGAUAAGAAUAUUGUGGUCGAUGCUAUGGGAUUCUCUGGGGGUAUUUGGGUUCUUUGGAAAUCUGCUUGUUUUAAUAUCACCGAAAUCACACGUUCAUCUCAACUUCUACAUGUGCAGGUCAAGGGAGGUAACAAUCGGCAGUGGCUUCUUACGGCAAUCUAUGGCAAUCCGGGCCUUAUUCAACGACGUGCCCUCUGGGAGAAAAUUUGUAUAAUUGCUGAGGAUUGCCUUGAUCCUUGGCUGUUAGCGGGGGAUUUCAACUCCAUACUCCACGCAUCAGAAAAGGAAGGCGGGGCGAGAUUUGAUGCUAGCCGAGUUCGUGACUUUCAUGAUUGUGUUCAGGAUUCGGGCUUGAUGGACCUAGGCUUCACUGGUCCUAGCUUCACUUGGUUUCGCAACGGCGUUAAAGAGAGGCUAGAUAGAGGCUUCACCAACCAACUUUGGGCCACGACAUUUCCUGAAGCUACGGUCAGACACAUUGCUCGGGUGAAGUUUGAUCAUCGCCCCAUUCUCAUCACCACCAAUGCCAUUAUCCAACCGGGUGGCCCCAAACCCUUCAAAUUCCUGGCGGCUUGGCUCACACAUGAGGAUUUCAACCGAAUGACCACCUCUGCUUGGGGCAAAGGAGAAGAGCUUCCAUCGUCCGCUCGUGCUUUUGCCACAGAUGCUACUGCUUGGAAUGUCAAUGUCUUUGGCCAUAUCCUAAAGAAGAAAGCUUAUCUCCUUAAUCGUAUUGAACGGUUGGAAACUCGCAGCACUAGUGCUCAGGUGGAAAACCAGCUCACAGCAGCUCGGGAUGAGUUGGAAACUAUUCUUUUGCAGGAGGAGAUUAUGUGGUGUCAAAAGUCUAGACUGGAGUGGAUUUCUUCCGGCGAUCGCAAUACCAAAUAUUUCCACUCCAAAACAAUGCAUCGACGGAAGAGAAAUAGGAUUACACUGUUGAAGGAUACUUUGGGUGUUUGGGUUGAGGAGCCGGAAGCACUCUUGUCUUUGGUAAAGAAUUUUUUUCAAGCUCUUUAUACUGAUGAUGGACAAUCCAUCUCCCAAUUGCCGCACGAUUUUAAACCUGUAGCCGCUGAUAAGUGGGCAGGGAUGAUGCAUUGUAUUUCUGAAGAAGAGAUUCAACUAGCGGUUCGAUUGAUGGGCUCACUUAAAGCUCCUGGAAUCGAUGGACUCAAUCCUCUCUUCUUCAAGAGAUGUUGGGGAAUUGUGGGCAAAUCGGUGGUGGAUUUUGUCUCCGCUUGUUGGGUGGAUCCAACCCGAAUCAAGGAGGUUAAUGAGACUAUCAUUGUGGUUAUUCCCAAGGUCCCUACACCAACUCAAGUGGAGCAGUUUCGCCCAAUUAGCUUGUGUAACGUCACCUGCAAAAUCGUUACCAAGUGCCUGGCGGAACGUUUGAAGAGUCUGAUGCAGGAGCUGGUUGCAGAAACGCAGACGAGUUUCGUUCCCGGACGACAAAUAACCGAUAACAUAUGCAUUCUGCAGGAAGUUGUCCACUCGAUGCGUUCCAAGCAAGGUCGUACUGGUUGGAUGGUGGUCAAGGUUGAUUUAGCCAAGGCUUAUGAUCGAAUCAAGUGGGAGUUUGUCAGAGACACGCUACAGGCUGCGGGUGCACCUCCACCCUUCAUCGAGAUCACCAUGCAAUGCAUCACUUCCCCCAGUAUGCGUGUGCAAUGGAAUGGUGGCCUCUUUGAUACAUUCUCCCCUUCACGAGGUUUGAGACAGGGUUGUCCGUUAUCUCCGUAUUUAUUCACUUUAUGCAUGGAAAGGUUGAGUCAUCUUAUUUCUGGUUGUGUCACUAACGGGUCCUGGAAGCCGAUUCGGCUUACUACAAAUGGGCCAUCUUUGUCACAUAUUUUUUUUGUAGAUGACUUGAUCCUAUUUGGCGAGGCAUCCCCGACUCAGAUCACAACCAUAUCUCAUUGUUUUGAGACCUUCAGCCUUGCCUCUGGCCAACAAAUCAGCAAACCCAAGUCUCGGGUAUUUUUCUCAAAGAAUGUUACACAUGCUCGUAGCUCAGAGUUAAGUGCAGCCCUUGAUAUCCCAACGACGAUGAACCUUGGACGCUACCUUGGAGUUCCUGUUAUCCAUGAUAGGAUAUCGAAGGCGACAUACGUCGACCUCAUCGACAGGAUUGAUACCCGCCUGGCGGGUUGGAAGGCGAACACCAUGUCGCUAGCUGCGAGGAUCACUCUUGUGCAAUCAGUGCUUGCUUCUCUUCCUGCUUACACUAUGCAGACAAGUUUCCUCCCCGCUAAUGUUAGAGACUACAUCGAUCGGAAAACUCGAGCAUUCAUCUGGGGAAGCACAGAAUCAGGCCGAAAGAUCCACCAAGUCGAUUGGGAGACCAUCUGCCACCCAAUUGAUGAAGGCGAGCUAGGGCUACGGUCGGCAACAAGGACUAAUGAAGCUUUUAUGUUAAAGCUAGCUUGGCGCUUACUUACUGAGCCCGAGUCACUCUGGGCUCGAGUUGUUCGUGCUAAAUAUUUGCAGGAGACAGUGAAUGGUUUGCAACCACGGACUUCGGGACGCAUCUCUAAUUUAUGGCGGGGAGUUCUGAGGAUCUGGCACUUGCUACCGGCUGCCACCAUGUGGAACAUUCAGAGUGGUCGACAAACCCGGUUUUGGACCGAUAGAUGGCUGUUGGAUGGACCUACCCUUGCGGAGCUUGCUGUCAACCUACCGCCGGAGGCUCAAACCUUGACUGUAGCGGAGAUGGUGUUGAAUGGUGAGUGGAAUGUGAGCUACCUAAAUGCUUUCUUAACCAAUUUUAUUGUCUCGCAGGUUCUGCUCCAUCCGGUCCCCCACGAGGAAGGUCCAGACAUUAGGGUGUGGAGGCUUUCUCCAUCGGGAAAAUUCUCCAUGCGCACUGCUUAUGAUCUUACUACGGAGGAAGAGGAACCUCCAGCGACACAUCCCAUUUGGCGUGCUCCGAAAACCAAGCGCGUUCAAGCAUUCCUCUGGCUCGCUACUCAAGGUCGUCUUCUCACCAACGCGGAGCGACAAAGACGACAUCUUACAAUGACACCAACAUGCACUGUGUGUGGAGAUGGUGAUGAAACUGUGACCCAUGUCCUUCGAGACUGCCCAUAUGCUAGAGGUGUGUGGGCAGAGUUCUUGGAACAUGAACCAGACCAGGAAUUCUUUCAGGCUGACCCAUUUCAUUGGUUGCUUCACUACAUGUCUGGUCGUGGCAAGUCCAUCGACGCUACUCUCUUUGCAGGCACAUGCUGGCUCUUGUGGAAAAACCGGAAUAAUCACCAGUUUGAAGGCAAGAUUGAGACCAUUACGCACACUCAGUUACGCACACUAGAGAGAGGAGGUUAA